AUGGCCUCUGCCACAGGAGUCCCUCAAGAACAUCCCCAGACCAUCGAGGCCAGAGAAGAUGAGCCACUAUUGGGUGGACCAGGUGCAGUAACCCAAAGAGAAAACGAAUCUAUUUACCGCAACUUGAUCAAAGGGACUGCCGCUGUUGCUCAGUGCGGCAUAUUGAUUCUUGCGGCCCUCAUCUGGGCUGGCAUCUUCUCCCAUCCUUUGAUCUUCUUUUCUGCUCAUCCGCUGCUCAACUCCUCCGCUAUACUUCUCCAAGUACAAGCCGCUCUUAUUUUACAGCCAACCGCGACGCCGCAGCAGAAGCUCCUGGGCACUCGAAUUCACUAUUCGCUGCAAGCAAUCAGCCUGGCUGCUUUCGUCACCGCAUUUAUUAUUAUCGAGAUCAACAAAGGCGAUCAUCCGCGGCUGACAUCGCCGCAUGCUAUCUUCGGACUAAUCACCUACAUCUGCAUCAUUCUUCAAGCACUGCUGGGACUUGUUCAGUAUUUCUUCCCUGUCACGAUCCUUGGCAGCGUUGAUGCGGGCAAGAGACUGUACAAGUACCACCGCCAUUUUGGAUACUCGCUGCUUGUCCUGGAACUAGCAACCGUGGCAGCGGCAACGCAGACGACGUAUAAUGUGGAUGUUCUGCACAUUCCGCUUUGGGGAGUUCUUGUCGCAGCAGUGUUAAUCGUCGCAGGAGUCGGUGCCAGAAUCAAGAAGCAUAAAUUAGGCUUCUAG